AUGCGCAUCGUCGUGUGGAACAUCAAUGGCCUGCGCACCCUCCGCGGAUACCAGCCCUGGUACCAGCUCAAAGACUGGCAGUCCUGCCUCGAGCACCUCGACGCCGACAUCGCCUGCUUCCAGGAGACAAAAAUGACGCGCAAGCAGCUCCAGGAGUGGAUGUGCAUCCUCCCCUCCUACCACGCCUUCUUCAACUUCCACCCAACAAAGGGCUACAGCGGCACCGUCACCUACGUCAAAAAGGACAUCUGCAUCCCGCUCAAGGCAGAGCAGGGUAUCACAGGCAGGCUCGUCAACACCGACAACCCGGCCGAGGCCAUCGGCGCCUACCCGCGCGACGUCCGCGACGACGUCGAGCCCGCUCUCUGGAACGCCCUCGACGCAGAGGGAAGGGCCGUCGUACUCGACUGCGGCCUAUUUGUCCUCUUCAAUCUCUACGCACCAAACGAGACCGGACCGGAGCGCCUCGAGUACAAGAUGAGCUACUACCACUGCCUCGAGGAGAGGGCCAACCGCCUCAUCCAGGAAGGCAGGCAGGUCAUGAUCGUUGGAGACAUGAACAUCAUCCGCGACCGCAUCGACCACUGCGACCCGGAGCAGUCGCUCAGGGAGCACGGAUGGACCCACUUCAAGCAGCACCCCGCAAGGACGUGGUACGACGCCUUCCUCGCGCCAAAGGGCAAGUUUCACGACGUCGGUCGCCUCUACCACCCGACCCGCGCAAAGAUGUUUACCAACUGGAACACCCUGAUCGACGCCCGCCCCGCAAACUACGGCGUUCGUCUCGACUACACGCUCGUCACCGAGGGGCUGCUGCCUUGGAUCAAGGGGGCCGACAUCCAGCCCGACAUCUACGGCUCCGACCACUGCCCCAUCUACCUCGACAUGCACGACUCCAGGGAGAUCGACGGCAGGACCGUCUACCUCAAGGACCUGAUGCACGGCGGGUCGAGCCGGCCGCCGCCCCCGCUGGCUGCGUGCUUCUACGACGAGUUCUCGGGCAAGCAGAGGAAGCUGGCGUCAUUUUUCUCGGCGGCCAAGAAGCCGCCACCAACCCCACCGCUGCCUGCUGCCACUGACAAGGCGGACGGCAUGGCUAAAGAGGUGGGGGCCAGCGAAGCGAGCCCGCAGGCUGAGCCAAGGCCGGGAGCACCGGAGAACGGAGAGAUUUCGCUGGCAGAUGCUCUGUUUGCGCUUCAAGCGCCUGCAACCAGCGAAGGGCCGACGUCGGCGAUGAUCCCCGAAGAGGCGGCAGGAGUCGGAAGGGAAACGACGGCCGCCGCAGAUCCACCAAAAGGCGUGGCACCAUCGCCCAGCCCGCUCGCGACCAGUGCGCAGCAAAAGGCGAGGCUCAGCGUCAGCGCUUCGCCACCCAAGCGCAGCCCAGCGGCCUCUCAGCGGCCCUCGUCGUCGUCGACAUCGUCAUCGUCGUCGUUAAGAAAGACGUCUUCGAAAGUCCCUCCCAAAGGCCAGAUGCGGUUGCAGGCGUUCUUCACCAAGCCAUCUGCGCCACCGCCGUCGGCACCCCCAGCGCUCGCGGCUGAUGCGGAGACAUCGACGACGGUGACGACAGCACCCGAGGCCGAAGAGCAGCCAUCGCAGACGUCGGUCUCGACCACGGGGCCCGAUGCUGUGCAUCAGGGCCGAUCCCGCUCGUCGUCACCGGAACUGAUCGAGUCGUUUGAAGAGGCCGAUCCGAGCAGCCCUCAGAAACACGCGCGCACCGCCUCGUCGACCUCAUCCAACGGCUCGGCCUCGACGCUGGCAACGUCCGCCGCUGCCGAACCUUCUGCGGCAGAGCGGGUCGAGGCGUCGAUGGCGUGGGGCGCCAUCUUUGCGCCGCUCCCGCCGCCGACGUGCCGGGUGCACGGCGAGACGGCCAAGGCGUGGAGGGUCAACAAGCCGGGCCCGAACCACGGACGCAAGUUCUGGCUGUGCUCGCGGCCCGUCGGACCCGGGUACGAGAAGAGCGGGAGGGCAAAGGGCGACGUCAACCCCGAGUACCGGUGCAACUUUUUCCAGUGGGACUCGGAGUGGAAGGGCGAGGCGUCCAAGAGGCGCCGGAGGGAGGAGCAUGAGGCGUGCGAGGCUGCUGCGGGCGUUUCGUUUGCAGAGGUGGGGAAACAGAAGAGGGCCACAGCAGGUGGCGGCGGCAGGGGCGGAGCGGAGAUGAUUAUUGGAUCAGACGAUGGCGCGCCGCACAAGCGGGUCAAGUCGUCCAAGUGA